AUGUUAGACGACGGGUUAAAAGCAAAGGCUCAGAUUAAUCGAUACCUAGCCCUACAGACGGAGAUACCUUCCUUUACCGCCGAGGAAUGGCAGCACCUGUCUCAGAUUCAUCAAGUACUGAGCAAAUUCAACGAGCUCACCCUGUUCGUAUCAGAGCGAAAGCCACAGAUCAGCCUUACUGUCCCACUCUAUUAUAAGCUACAUGAUUUACUCAAUAAGGGGUCUGAAGCUCAGGGAGUCUUUUCGGGAUUAGAUCGUGAUAUUGCCCGAGCAAUUAAGGAAGGAAUGAAGAAAUACGAGAAAUACUACACCUUUAUAGAUGAAUUAGAUACCUACUAUACUACUCUAAUUCUAGAUCCUCGGGUGAAAGGAGACCUAAUCCUCAAUGAAUUAGAGGAUAAAGAGGCUAGGAAUCUAAUAUUAAGAGCUGUCCGUAACAGUCUUCAUCAGAAAUAUCCACUUCGGAACCGCGAGUCGCCUAGAACGGUAUUACAGCAGUCGGCAUCAGAAACCAAGAUAGUAGAAUCCCGAAUGCUCCAACGGCUACAGCCUUAA